AUGAGCUCCCCGUGCGGUCCUGACUCCGAUAUUGCAGACUGGCUGGCUACCAUCCACCUGGAAAGGUACCGGGAUGUCUUCAAGCAGCACGGGUACCACGUGGCCAGAGAUGCCAUCUCACUGGACGGUGACCAGCUGCAGCAGAUUGGCAUCACUGCCACCGGGCACCGCAAAAGGAUCCUGAACUUGGCGCAGCAGACACAGAUGCUCGCAGUCCCGGGUGGCCCGGCGGGGGUUUGCCCCCCAUCCCGCAGAGACCCACCGUCAAGCCAGGGUGCUGGCAUCUCCUCCGAUCAGAGCUAUGAGGCGCUGUCUGAGCUGGACCUGGAGCGAGAAGAGACGAGCAGCGAGUGCAGUGGUGAGGGAAGGAGCGAGGACAAGGAGACCCGGUCCCGGCUCAUCAACCGCAUCGUCCAGAACGACACGGAGGGGUACUCCACCGUGGAGGCACCGCGGGCCGAGGGUGCCCCAUUCAGCCUGCCAGCCCAUCUCUACCCAGAUGAGGUCCUGGAUGACCUCACCAUCUCCCCUUAUGCCAGCUUCACGUCGCUCACUGAGCCCCGACCCACCAUGCUCAGUGGUUGGCUGGACAAGCUCUCCCCACAGGGGAACUAUGUCUUCCAGAGGCGCUACGUCCGUUUCGACGGGAAGAACCUGAUGUACUUCAGCAGCGAGAAGGAACCUUACCCCAAAGGGGUGAUCCCGCUGUCCGUGAUCAAGACGGCUCGCUCCACCAAGGACAACAAGUUCCAGGUCUUCACCAGCCACCGGAUCUUCGUCUUCCGUGCUGAGAACGAGGCCCAGAGGAACGAGUGGUGCUCCACACUGCAGAAGGUGAUAGACCAGCGUUUGGUGGGGUCCCAGCCCCGGCCCGCCAACACGGCUCACUGCCAGAAGUCCGGCACCCUGGAGCUGAAGGGCCAGAAGUCCAAGGUGUUCGCAGCCCUGAGCCUGCCCGAGAUGUGGCUGUACAAGAGCGAGCAGUUCUUUAAAAUGGGCAUCGGCAUCUGCUUGAUUGAGAUGCGCGGCUGCACCAUCCGCGAAGCCAAGAACCGCAGCUUCGAGCUCGUCACCCCCUCCAAAAUAUUCAGCUUCGUGGCGGAGUCGGAGCGGGAGAAGCGGGAGUGGAUGGAGGCCCUGCAGGAGGCCAUCGCCGAGAUGCUCUACGACUACGAGGUGGCGGAGAAGAUCUGGUCCAACAAAGCCAACAAAUACUGUGCGGACUGCUGGGCUCAGAGUCCCGACUGGGCAUCCAUCAACCUGUGCGUGGUCAUCUGCAAGCAGUGUGCAGGCCAGUACAUCACCCUGGGCGGGGGCACAUGGGGGUCUGGGGAUGGAGGGGUUCUCACUCUCCUACUCCCCACAGGGCAGCACCGCAGCCUGGGCUCCAACAUUUCCAAGGUGCAAAGCCUGAAGCUCGACACCAGCGUCUGGUCCAACGAAAUCGUACAGCUCUUCAUCAUGCUGGGAAAUGACCGAGCCAACCGUUUCUGGGCUGCUCACCUCCCCGCCACCGAAGCCCUCAAACCGGAUGCCAAUGCCGAGCAGAGACGGGACUUCAUCUCCCGCAAGUACCGAGAGGGUCGGUACCGCCUGCCCCAUCCCCACUACACCAGUCAGGAGGAUGUGCUUCAGGCACUGUGUGCUGCAGUGGCAGGACCAGCCCUGCUCAAGACCGUCCUGCAGUUCUUCUCAUCCUCAGAGACUGGGAUGGCAGCUGACCCCACGGCCUGCGAGGUGGCCUCUGGGGCUGACCUUUGGUGGGGACCGGAGAGCAAAAGGGCCAGGAACCGUUCAG